GCCCGUGGGAGUCCCUCCCCAAGCGUCUCCAGUCCACUCUCCACAACAAGGACAAGUGGCACCGCAGGUUGUGGGGCAGGAUGCAGAGGGAGGUCGUGCACAUGAACGACGAGCCAGACACAUUCAUAUGGAUCUAGACGGAAUUUGGGUGCUACUUGGGAAGGACUACAUACCGUGCUUUCUUCUUUUACUUAACUGAGGUGCCUGGAGCAAAUGAAGUUUGGAACUCUUGAGCGCCGCCACAAUUGAAGUUCUUUACGUCGUUGGUCGUCAAGAACAGGUGUUGGACCUCUAACCGCCUUGCCGCAAGGGGCCUACCAUACCAGCAGAGCUACUUGAAGUGUCUGCAGGAGCCAGGAACUCUUGAUCAUUUGCUCGUGCAAUGCCCUCUGCGUGCACAGUGUGGUUCGAGGUGUUGAGGGUUAAGGGACGGGAAAGCUUCACCCCUUCCCACCAGGACAUGGUGAUGCACUGGUGCACAAGGACUAGUAACACGGCGGCGGCGGAUUGUAGAUUAUUGCAUCCGAAAACGAUUACAAUGGAAUACCUGCUUUGCCCGUCGAGUUUACAGGGAAGGGGAAUACUAUGAAGAAAUGAUGCACUAUCUUCGGCGUAAUCUUGCAUUAUAUCCAUACCAUCUUGCAGACUAUAUAUGCCGAGUAUUGAGGAUCUCGCCAUUCAGAUAUUACUGUGACAUCCUGUUCGAAACUAUGAAGAACGAACAACCAUAUGAUAGUAUUCCAAACUUCACUGCUGCUGAUGCCCUAAGGCUUACUGGUAUUGGAAGAAAUGAAUUUAUUGAUAUCAUGAACAAAUGCAGAUCAAAGAAACUAAUGUGGAAGCUGAACAAAUCAAUCGCAAAAGAUUUACUGCCUACACAGCCUGUUAACUUUCCAAUCGAGCCUUGGUGGGGAGUUUGUCUGGUUAACUUUACAUUGGAAGAGUUCAAGAAACUUUCAGAAGAAGAAACAGCAACCAUAGACAAAAUCUGCAAAGAGGAAGCCAAUUCAUAUGUUCUUUUUGAUAUGAAGAUUAUAGAUGACCUCUAUAAAAGAGGUUUAGUGUACUUUGAUGUGCCUGUUUACAGUGAUGACCGCUUCAAAGUUUCUAGGCUUGAAGGCUUUGUUUCUAACAAGGAUCAAUCCUAUGAAGACCCAAUCGAAGAGUUACUUUAUGCUGUAUUUGUUGUGUCAAGUGCUAGUGCUACUGUGGCUGAACUGGCUGCAACUUUACAAGCUGACCUUUAUCAGCUGCAGGCAGCGGCAUCAUUUGCUUGCCGAUUGGGCUGGGCUGUAAAACUUGUGGAUGGUGACUCUGUAUUUAAAGACGAAGGUGAACCUCCAUCUCCCAGUAACAUUCUUAGUGAUGAUGAUGAAGGUUCAAAUGCAAGUAUCAACUCAGAAAAGUCCAAUCAACAGUUGCUUAGCGUUGAUACUAAUGGACCCAGGAGAAUAUCUGGGACAGCUCAUGUAGGCUUUGUUGUUGAUGCCAAUGUUACUUCAUAUUUGAUGAUGGGUUCAUUGUCCCCAGGUCUAAAAUCUCAUGCUGUCACGCUGUAUGAAGCUGGGAAAUUAGGUGAUUCUUGCAUUGCGGAACUAUGCAGUGAUCUGGCUAGUUUAGAAGGAAAAAGAUUUGAGGGUGUGCUAGAGGAGUUUGCUAAUCAUGCAUUCAGUCUGCGGUGGUCCCUCGAGUGUUUAAAGUCUGGUGGAGUUUCUACUAAUGAUAAUACUGAUAAAGAUGGUGAAACAAAGACUCCAACAAAUUUAUUGCGUGAAAAUGUUACAGCCCAUCUGGCCAAGGCGAACAUCGAGGAUGGAGCCGAGGAUGGCCUUGGUAAAGUGCCCCAAGAUAACUGCUCUACUGGUGUUUUAGAUAAUAAAGACGAGGAAUCAUUGGUGACAAUGGGUUUACCAGAACGUGGGGAAAACAUGGUUAGAAUUGAGGCUGAGAAUGGCUCAACUGGCACGAAUGUGUUCAUAGAAAGGAAGUACACUGUUGAUGUCCUGCGAUGUGAGAGCCUUGCUUCGCUUGCUCCAGCAACACUAGAACGGCUGUUUCUCCGUGACUAUGACAUUAUUGUGUCAAUGGUUCCUCUUCCUUCUUCAUCAGUUCUUCCUGGUCCUUCAGGCACAAUUCAUUUUGGUCCACCCUCUUAUUCUGCGAUGACACCUUGGAUGAAGCUAGUAUUGUACACCGCAGGCCAUUUAGGACCACUAUCUGCUGUUUUCUUGAAAGGACAGCGCUUCAGAUUGCUUCCUGAACCAUUAGCUGGUUGUGAGAAAGCAUUGAUAUGGUCUUGGGAUGGCUCUAUGGUUGGUGGACUAGGAGGGAAGUUUGAAGGUAAUUUGGUCAAGGGCAAUCUACUCUUACAUUGCUUGAACUCAAUGUUGAAGCAAUCUGCUGUGUUAGUGCAACCACUUAGCAUAGAUGAUCUUAACGCAUCAGGAAACCUUGUCACAGUGGAUAUCCCUUUACCCCUGAAGAAUGAUGAUAAAUCAAUUGCAUCUGUGGUAGCUCAAGCAAAUUUACCAAAGGAACAGAUCUUUAAUUUGACCUCAGUACUGAAAGAUCUAUCCAGUAAAUUUAGGUUGACCACACUUGGCUAUCUUCGUCUAUUAAGACUUAACAAUCUUGUUGAAUCCGAUAAGUUUCACCCAGAAAAUGCAAGUUACCAGUGGGUGCCCUUGAGUUUGGAGUUUGGAAUUCCCUUGUUCAAUCCAAUCUUAUGUGAGAGGAUUUGUGAAAGGGUGGUUGCGUCUCAUAUACUUCAGAAAGAUGAUCUCACAGAACAUUAUGAUGUUAUGCAAAAUGUAAGGAGGCGUCUCAGAGAACUUUGUAGUGAAUAUCAAGCAACUGGUCCAGUAGCUAAGUUAUAUAACAAGAAGGGAAGCUCAAGGGAUUUACCUCGCACUUUAAUCAAUAGUAUUAGUGGCAGAUGGGAUCGAACAAAUGAUCCUUCAGCACCGACCAACAGAAGAACACCAAGUGAACACGAGAGGCUAAAACUUGCUGGGCGACAGAGAUGCCACACAGAAGUUGUGGGCUUUGAUGGGAGCACUGUCAGGUCAUAUUCACUUUCUCUGGAGCAUGACGAGGCUACCACCAAACAUAUCUCUGGCGAACAGUCAUGCACCCAUGAAGGAAAACCAGAUCAAGAAGAUGCACACAGCAAGGAUGUAGCCUUGCCAGGACUAAACCUUAUCUUUGACGGAGUCGAAUUACACCCCUUUGAUAUUGCUGCUUGUCUUCAAGCUCGACAACCUCUCUGGUUGAUAGCUGAGGCAUCAACAGUUUCAUCAACCUUCAUAUGAUGCGUCCAUGUGGUCAUCUCGCUUUUGCUCCAAUAUCUCCAUCUAUGCUGGUAAAUCAGAACUGAAAUUGUUGCAACUAAUGCUUCUCGAAAGGCUGGUUUCAUUAAUCUUGACUCUUGAGGGAAUAUUUUGGUGUACAAAGAGUUCGUUGCCGUCUGCCGUCUAUCACAUGAAUGACCAGACAUUGCUGAUCAACUCGGAGAUUGCAUUUGUUGAGUCCUUCCAAUUUCAUAAUUUGUAGUAGACGUUUUCAAGCCUUUUCCUCCAUUGCUUUUUGUGCUAGCUUUGGGAAUUUGGGAUCAUCCGAAUAAGAAAAAAGAAACAAUUCUUGGUGUUGGCUUAA